UCCUCAUUGCCACACCUCAGACAAAGAUGUAGACACAGAAAUCAGUUCAUUCAGUUAUAAUAAAAGAGACCUACUAAGGACUGGGAACAGUAAGCCCUUUAAUCAGAGAUGGCCAGCUGCCUCUCAGACCUGGUUAAGUACCAAAGGCUAUUUCAAAUUAUCUUUGUUUUGGGAAUUGGUGGAUCCCUGCAAGUUGGCCUUCAAAUUUCUAUGAUCACUUACACUUCUGUGCAUGUUAAAAAGUUUAUCAAUGAAACCUGGCAAGAACGAUAUGGCUCUCCCCUUCAUCAUGAGACCCUUAUGUUGCUGUGGUCCUUCAUUGUGUCUGUCUUCGGUAUAGGGGGACUCCUAGGGUCUAUGGGCAGUGGAUACCUGACUAGAAAAUAUGGCAAAAAGAAAUGUCUAGUGUGCAACAAUCUGCUCAUGCUCUCAGCUGCAUUUGUCAUGGGCUUCAGUAAGACAGCCAAGUCCUUUGAAAUGAUUCUGAUUGGACGCUUACUAUGUGGCAUCAGUGCAGGUUUAUGUAUUCCUCUACAUCCUCAAUAUGCUGGAGAGGUUUCCCCCAAGAAGCUGCGUGGAUUUGCAAAUUCUACUAUCCCUCUUUUUGGGGCACUGGGAAAAACCCUUGGGCAAAUUAUGGGACAAAGGGAGUAUUUAGGAACUGAGUCAUUGUGGCCAUUACUGAUGGCCUCCUGUGGAAUUGCAGCAUUGGUCCAGCUGGUCACUCUGCCAUUCUUUCCUGAGUCUCCACCCUACCUCCUGAUGCAUAAAGGAGAUGAGGAAGGUUGCCUGAAAGCCAUGAAGCAGUUCUGGGGUGAAGGGACUCAUCAAGCAGAGAUUGAUGACAUGAUGAAGGAGAAGGCUACAAUGAAAAGCACCAAGAUUCUCAGUGUCUUGGAGCUAAUGAAAGAAGCAUCCUUGUGUUGGCAGUUGUAUACCAUAAUUAUUAUUAUAGUUACCCUGCAGAUUUGUGGCAUCAAUACAAUCUAUGUUUAUGCUUUUGAAGUGCUCCACACGGCUGGGUUUGGUGAAGACAUCAUCCCCUACAUGUCACUGAGUGUUAGUCUAUGUGAACUCCUCUCUUCUAUACUCUGCAGCAUCGUCAUUGAGCAAUUUGGCAGAAAGAGGCUGCUUUGCGGGGGCUAUGGGAUAAUGGCUUUAAUACUGGCUAUCCUGACAGUAACUCUCACCCUGCAGGACUGGUUCUUCUGGAUGCCAUACUGCAGCCUCUGUCUUAUUUUGUUGUAUGUGAUCUUCUUUGGAAUUGGGCCAGCUGGUGCCACAAUAUCCAUUAGGGUUGAAAUCUUUGACCAGUCAUCCAGACCAUCUGCCUUUGUGAUUGGUGGGGCCCUCAACUGGGUUGGAAUCUUUGUGAUUUGGAUGAUUUUCCCAUUCAUUGUGGAGAGCCUUGGUCAGUUCUUCUUCCUCAUCUUUAUGGGGGUUCUUGUUACUUCUGGGAUCUUUAUCUACCUGUUCCUUCCAGAGACAAAGGGAAAGUCUAUCACUGAAAUCCAAGAGGAAUUCAAUAAGUUAAAUUUUAGGAAGAAAUGUGUCCCAGCCAUGGAGAAGAAUGUCAGUGAAGGUUAUACUUUCUGCACUCAGCUCUGAUUUACCAUCAAAGGGAGUCAGGAAAAGGAAGAAAGAAGAGACAUUAGUGACUUUCAGACUGGAAAAUAAAGCCACGCUGGACUGUCAGCUUUAAUAUCUUUUAUUGGACCAACUUUUGUUGGUAAGAGGGAUAAGCUUUCAAGCCACACAGAGCCUGAGGACGUUGGUCCAAUAAAAGAUAUUACCUCACCCAUCUUCUCUCUCUAAUGUCUUGGGACCAAGUGCUGCUCUCCAGUCAACUCAGAAACAGGAUGAUGUCUGUUAGUAACAGAUCCAGUGCUCAAGAUUGGAAUGACUGAGAACUCUGGCUUAACUUGGUGAACUGUAAAGCUUCUUUUAUACCAUCUGUCAAUGAAUCAAAGGUUGGCAUUAUGUUUAAAACUUUUAAACAACUCUCAGCGAACCAUGAAUAAAGAGCGGAAAUAGAAACCCACCUCUUCCAAAGUGACUUCCAAUUGUCAUUUUACAAUACAAAACUGGGAAUAGUGAAGUUAUUCAGUUGCUCUCCAGGGCUAAGGUUUAGUCAGUGAUCGAUCCAAGAAAAAGUUAAAAUGAAAGAGGAGGGAAAAUCCAAUGUUCUUUUUGACCCAACAUCAUUGAAUGGGAAAAAUUUUGAUUCACAUCACAGAGGGAUAAGAGCUCAGAUAACUCUCCAUAAAAGAUGGUGUUUUAGGCAGAACUAAGGUUGCUCAACACUUUCCACUCUAAGAUUCUGCUUUCAGUUGCUCAUAACUUUGCCAAACUUAAACUGUUCUGACUGAAAUUUUCCAUGCUGGAAGUCUGACUCAGGCUGAUUUCCCCCAACCCCUUGCAUUCCCUGCUUUUUUCUCC